AUGACACACACUGCCGAUCAUAGUACCACGCGCCGGCUGCUGACUAAACGCACUUUCGCUUGCCGCGAAACAAAUUUUGAGCUUCAACAAGCAGAAAAGGAUUCAGCCCUGAUUUUUUCCGUAUCCAACCACUAUUGUCAAACUCUCCUCGAACUCGACGUCUCAGUCUCCGCCCAACUCGCGGUUAAAUCGAUUGAUUCUCCUGUUCGGAAACUCUCAAAAAGAAACACAUUUUCAAAAAUGAAGCACAUCGCAGCUUACCUCCUCCUCGGCCUGGGUGGAAACACCUCCCCCUCCGCUAGUGAUAUCAAGAGCGUUCUCAGUUCCGUCGGAAUCGAUGCUGACUCUGAGCGUCUCGAGAAGCUCCUUGCUGAGCUUGAAGGGAAAAAUAUUACCGAGUUAAUCGCUGAGGGCACCACCAAGCUCGCCUCAGUCCCAUCUGGUGGUGCUGCAUCUGCGCCUGCUGCAGGCGGCGCCGCUGCUGGUGGUGCGGCUGCUGCCGCUGAGAAAGCCGAGGAGAAGGAGGAGGAGAAAGAGGAGUCUGAUGAGGACAUGGGCUUCGGUCUCUUCGACUAAAUUAAGUGAUUUGUGAAUCCCUCGUUUUGCGAGGGGGGCGGUCAACAGAAUGCGAUACUUCAAUGGCAGCUUUGGAACAGCGAAACGUAUCAGCCUGGCAAUCAUAGCUGUAAAUACAUGACAGCUGGGGCUGCGGUGUGUGUCAAGUUUGUGUCGACCAGCUUUUUGAUGACACCCAUGAAGGAAGAAUUGAUGUAUUUCUAAUCACAAGAUUCUACAAAUCGAAAGACCUGUUCUUCCAGUAA